UUUUUUAGGAUUUUUUUUUUUUUUUUGUCAAUUUCUCUUAUUAAUUAAUUAAAGAAAUCUUUAAUAAAAGUAACGAUACAUGAACCCCGAUUUGUAUGUAUUACCAUAUAAGAAUAUUGUUGAUUCAAUUACAAAAAUACCCCUUAUUCAUUAUCUCUCAAUGCAAAUAGUAUAUCCGUUCAAAACCACAUUAUUUCUUUGAAUUAAUCUAAAAUUACGAGGGCAAAACUGUACUUUCAUACACAUUCUGAACCGUCCCAAUUCUGGCCGAACGAACCUUGGGGUUGCCACUAUAAAUAAAGUAACAAACUGAACUAAAACAUUUAUUCAAAACAGAAUACAAAUAUCCAUAAAAAAGAACAGAAAAGAAAAAGCAAAGAAGAAAAGAAAAAACAAGAACUCCCCACCUUGAUUCUCUCUCUAGAACCUAGACAACUUUCUCUCUCUACCCUCUCUCUAGCUUUACCAACCAAGUUGUAAGUUGCAAGGUACCAACCACACCAUAUAACAACAUUCGUUAGGCCAUGGCAUCAUCGUCAUCGGUACUACUGUCCAAGGUGGUGGCGAAGGUGGCGAUAGUGGUGGUGGGUUUAUCUAUAAUCACCUGCGGUGAGACGUUGGAGAGUGCGACGUGGUGCGUGUCGAGGAGUGAGGCCAGCGACGUGGCAUUGCAGACUGCUAUGGACUACGCCUGUGGGGCAGGGGCGGACUGUACACCCAUUCAGUCGUCCGGGUUGUGUUUCCUGCCAAACACGGUGCAAGCACACGCUUCCUAUGCCUUCAACAGUUUCUACCAGCGCAAGGCCCAAGCCCCUGGGGCUUGUGACUUCUCUGGCACUGCCACCGUUGCUAGAACUGAUCCCAGUUAUGGAUCUUGUGAUUAUCCAUCAUCUCUAAGCACGGCUGGAGGGUCACCCACCACUCCCACCACAACACCGACAGUGAAUGCGCCACCAACACCUGGAGGCGCCACGACACCACUCUAUGGCACUGGAGGAUUGACACCAGGCUUUGGACCCGUAAUACCAGACGGAAACAAUUCUUCUAAAGCUUCUCCUGGGCGUUUAGUUACAGCAAUCUUUGUUCCCGUCUCUCUCUUUCUUGUUCUAUCCUUCAUAUGCUAACCCAUGUAGGUCUUCGAAAAGAAAUUGCAUCGUCUCAUGACUAGGCACCAAGACUAAUUGAUCCACCCUAUAGAGUUGGUAAUGCUUUUCAAGUGCAAAUUGAGGUUCAAACAUGUAUUUUACCAAUAGUCUUGUGACCUAGUGGUAGGUACUUUUUCGCUUUCGAAAGUAAAAGGUCGAGGGUUCAAGUUUCCAUUAAGAACAAAAGUGAGUGUGCGAGUGUAUUUAUUGUAAACAUCAUGGUUAAAGGCAUGAGCAAUUUCAAUCUGAGAAGCAGGUUGUUGGUUGUUAGUUUUAUUAUUAAUACAGAGGCAAUUUCAAAAGUGGGUGUGCGAGUGUAUUUAUUGUAAACAUUAUGGUUAAAGGCACGAGCAAUUUCAAUAUGAGAA